AUGAAUGAUGAAUACACCGUGAGGAAUGAUGAAUACACCCUGAGGAAUGAUGAAUACAUCCUGAGGAAUAAUGAAUACACCAUGAGGAAUGAUGAAUACACCAUGAGGAAUGAUGAAUACACCAUGAGGAAUGAGGAAUAUAUCCCGAGGAAUGAUGAAUACACCAUGAGGAAUGAUGAAUACGCCAUGAGGAAUGAGGAAUACAUCGUGAGGAAGGAUGAAUACACCGUGAGGCAUAAUGAAUACAUCUUGAGGAAUGAUGAAUACACCGUAAGGAAUGAUGAAUACACCAUGAGGAAUGAUGAAUACAUCUUGAGGAAUGAUGAAUACACCGUAAGGAAUGAUGAAUACACCAUGAGGAAUGAGGAAUACAUCGUGAGGAAUGAGGAAUACAUCGUGAGGAAGGAUGAAUACACCGUAAGGAAUGAUGAAUACAUCUUGAGGAAUGAUGAAUACACCGUAAGGAAUGAUGAAUACACCAUGAGGAAUGAUGAAUACAUCGUGAGGAAUUAG